AAUUUUAAUGGCACGCUAACUUAAAAAAAUUAAAAAAAAAAAAAAAAAAAACUUGACAAAAAGUUGUAGAAAAAUCAUUCCCCACUAAGAAAACACUCGGAAAAUUAGGGAGGGGAGGGGAGGGUGGGAGGAAAGCUAUGCUUUAUUAACGUCAAUGGCGAUCUCCAGAUCCUUGAGAACCUUAAUCACCAAUAAUGCUGCAAAGACCAAGACUUUCCUCACUUGUACAACACCCACCAUCACCCUCACCGCCGGCUCUGUAAUUCCACCGCUACCCUCUCCUUUCUUCCACAGUCGGUUGUCUUCGUCUCCUUUUCUCACAAAAUGGAUGGCUCCGUUUCAAGGUCCUCUCUUUCUCUCUUCUCCUCCGUGGAAGCUCUCGCAGUCCGCCACUCCUCUGUGGGGGAAUGGGGUCGUCUUCAGGAGGGUCCAGGCUUUGAACCUUGAUUUGAUUAGGGGACGGACUAGGUUUCCGGUUAAGCUAGAAUUUGGGUCGGUGGUUUCGAACCCGGUAGUUUUGGGUGGAGUGCUGCCCAAGGAAGAGGAUGUUAGUGCGAGAUUGGGUGUUGUGGAGAGCUAUGUGAAUUUACCGAAUUUGAUUUCAUUCGGUCGAUUGGUUUCUGGUCCUUUCCUGGGAUGGAUGAUCACAAAUGGGAUGUAUUCUUCUGCAUUUGUGGGGUUGGCUCUCUCUGGGGCAACUGACUGGCUGGAUGGAUAUGCAGCAAGGAAGAUGAAAAUCAAUUCCGUGGUGGGUUCCUAUCUUGAUCCUCUUGCUGACAAGGUUCUUAUUGGAUGUGUUGCUUUGUCAAUGGUGCAUAAUGAUCUUUUGCAUCCGGGACUUGUUGGAAUCGUUGUGUUACGAGAUGCUACCCUUGUUGGGGGUGCAGUAUACAUGAGAGCCAGUAGCUUGGGUUGGCAGUGGAAAAGCUGGUCUGAUUUCUUUAAUCUUGAUGGAACUCGUCCGCAGAAGGUUGAGCCUCUCUUUAUUAGCAAGGUUAAUACAGUAUUCCAGUUGGUUUUAGUCGCCGCAGCUCUCCUUCAACCAGAAUUUGGAACACCAGAAACUCAAUCAUACAUCACAUACUUGAGCUGGUUAGUAGCUACAACGACAGUUGCUUCUACAAUUGCAUAUGGAGCACAACACAUGGGGAGACUUUCCUCCAUCACAAGAAAAUCCUAGCUUGAACUUUUGCACACAGUUCUUUUAAUCAACUGACUGACCCUGAAGUUCCAGAGUUCCCUUGCAUUGAGGAAUCUUAGCUUUUGUAGGGGAGAAGAGAAUGUAGUUUAGUUAGAUGUGCACAAAAUGGAAGGUGCAUGGACUUUCCCAAGCUCAUCUGCACUCAUCUGACGGGACUGCAAUAGGUUAAGGAUCCACAGCCGUUGUAAUUUGUAUCUGGAUUGGGUGUACAUAUUUACCUGCACCUUUGAAGUAGCAAGGUAAGGAAAAUGAUCACAAUGGAAGGCAAACAAUUUUGUAAACGUGCUAUCCAAGAGUAGAAAUGAUACUUUUUAAUGUCUUAAAUAAUAAGCUCUUGAUUUA